AACAAAAUGGCGGCCUACACGUGCAAAACGCUGACGUGCAAAUGUUUGAUUCUCAUAAGAUUUAGUUAAAAAAAAGAAAAAUACAAAGGAUAUAGUGAAUUUUGAGGAUGGGUAAGGUAAAGAAGUCUAUAUCGGCUGCCAAGAAGGCUUCAAAGACAGCACAGCGUCAGGAAUCAGUAGCGAAUAACCCUUUUGAAGUGCACGUAAACAAGAGAAAACAUGAGAUCCUCGGUAGGAAGAUGAAGCAUGAUCGAGGCUUGCCUGGUGUAUCGAGGUCAAAGGCUAUUAAAAAGAGGGAAACAACUCUAUUGGCUGAGUACAAACAGCGUAACAAGGCCAAUGUAUUUGUUGACAAACGUUUUGGUGAGAAUGACAAUGAAAUGUCAGUUGAAGACAAACUAUUAAAGAGAUUUGCUAUUGAGAAACAGAAACACCAUGAAAAAUCAGGUAUCUACAAUCUGGAAGAGGAAGAACUCACUCACAUGGGCCAGUCCCUUGGAGACUUUGAUAAGUUUGAUGAUGUAAGACUCAGUGAUGAGGAAGAAGAAGAUGAAAAUGCAGGAAACGAUGUAGCAGAAACCCACUUUGGAGGAUUUUUAAAGAAAAAGAAACCAGAUAAUCACAAUGAGGAUUCAAAACCUAAAUCAAGGAAAGAAAUCAUGGAAGAAGUUGUUGCAAAAGCAAAACUCAAAAAGCAUGAAAGACAGGCUGCUAAGGAACAGAAUACGAACAUGACAGACAUGUUGGAUGAUGACUGGAAAGACAUCAGAAAACUUAUGUCAUUCAGGGAUCCACACGCCAAGCAGGAGAGCACCAAGGCUGAUGAUUAUGAUAUUACAGUAAAAGAACUUGCAUUUGAAGUAAAAGGAAAGGCAACAAACAGGCUCAAGUCAGAUGUAGAACUUGCUAAGGAAGAACAAGAAAAACUGAAGAAGCUUGAAGAAGAAAGGAUAAGAAGAAUGAAGGGGAUUCCCAUUAAUGCAAAACCAAAGCACAUGUCUGCAGAUGAUCUAGGUGAUAGUUUUACUGUAAGAGAAGACACAAGAACCAUGCUUAGCUAUGAUGAUGGUAAAAUCAACCUGCCUGAUGGUGAAGAAAACCUGAAGUAUGAAUGGCUGACAGGACAUAAUGAUAAUGAUAAAGAAGAUGAAGAUGAUGAAGAUGACGACGACGAGGGUGGCAAUGGUGAAGAUGAUGGUGGUGACAGUGAUGAUGAUAAUGAAGAUGAUGAUGAAGAGGACAGUGGAGAGGAUCUGAAUACAGACAGUGAAAAUGACGAAGGAGAAGGAGAACAAGAAGAGAAGGAUAUAAAAAGGCAAACUGAAAACAAAACAAAAAGCAGUCAAAACGCACAGAAAGCAUCAAAACCAAAGAGCUCCAUAUCCAAGGAACUUCCCUUCACUUUUCGUGCUCCGCAGACGUAUAAAGAAUUUAAAGACCUCAUCUCUCCGUGGCCAGAGUCACGUCAUCUGACUAUCAUCCAAAGAAUCAAGGCUUGUAACCAUCCCAAGAUCAACCCUGAAAAUAAAGCAAAAAUGGAGACGUUUUUUACAAUUCUCAUUGGUUAUGUUGCUGAAUUAGUAGAACAAGACCCUCCAGCAUUAGGCACAGUCGACAAACUAACAAAUUGAUAUAUCUUCGUUUAGUGUCUUUGUUGUUCCCAACAUCGGACCUCAAACAUUGUGUGUGUACGUCAGCCAUGGUCUUCAUGUCCCAGAUCUUAGCACAGAGUUGUGUUCGAUCCCUGACUGAUGUGCUCAAAGGACUGUUCCUGUGUAAUCUUUACCUCGAGUGUGUAAGGUUGUCCAAACGAUUCGUCCCUGAAGCAAUCAACUUCUUGUGUGGAGUCCUGUUUCUUGCAUCAGACAAGUCAGCCCCAGUCCCUCAGGUUGCUCCUCCUUUUAAAGCCAACAGCAAAUGGUCAGAUUUACUGACACUCAAGCCAGAAGAAAAAUCAAGAGAUGUGGCUAUCAAACCCUUCGUGCUAUCUGAAGCAUUGACGCCUUGUGACUCAGACCAUCGUGAUACUCUACCUAUAAGGAUUGGAGCCGUUCAUCUAGCGUUACAUUUGACAGAUCAGUUUGCACUGUUAUACAAGGACUUACCGUCAUUCAAGGAGAUAUUUGAUCCAGUACUAGCACAUUUACAAAGGAUACCUAUUCAGUCAUACCCUCAACCCGUAAAGGACCUUCAGUCCUCACUUCGUCAAAGUCUUACGACAUGUUCCGAUCAGCCUCGUAAUCACUUAACAUUACACGCAAGAAGACCAGAACCUUUGAAGGCGUUCACACCGAAGUUCCAAGAACAUUAUGAAAUCAAGUCCAAGAAAGCCAAAGUAGGCAACAAGAAAACAAAUGAAGUACAAAAACUCAAAUAUAAACUAAAAAGAGAAUUUAAGGGUGCUGUGAGAGAGGUUCGUAAAGAUAGUCAAUUCCUGUCCAGGCAGAAACUACAAGAACAACUUGAAAGGGAUGCAGAGCGCAUGCGUAAAGUCAAAGAAAUCGAACACAUGUUGGGAAAUGAACAAGCAGAAGUGAACGUGAUGAAUAGAAAGAAAAGAAAACUGAAAAGAUGAUGGAAAAUGAGAUCUUUUUAUUGAAGGAUCAACGCCGAAAAUGGGAAAUAGUUUUACUGGACAGGGUUUUCAAUAAAUAAUACACCUUAUUUGUUGUGUGACAAUGUUUUCCCAAUUCAGCGUGACAAGCCUCCAGAGGAUUCAUUUUCUUUUGUUUUUUCUUUUCGAUCAAUUCUUGAGUAUACCAAA